UCUUGUAUAUGUCACAAAGUUCAUAUAUGGUUAGCGUUUGAUAAUAUGAUUUUACUUGCAUUGUUAGUUCAAAGGUAUGUCCCUCUUGGAGCAUCUGUUGCUGAUUUGUAUGCAGGAGCAGGUGUUAUCAGAUUAUCAUUGGCUGCUACAAGAAAAUGCAGGUCUGUGAGAUGCAUUGAGAUUAACAAAGAAUCAAAGCUAUCCUUUGAGAAGACGGUUGCCCGCCUGCCAAACAUAGUAGAUAGCAGCAUCAGCUGGCAUCAUGCAGACACUUCUAAGUUAAGACAUAGGAGAGGAAAAUCAGAAACUACUCGUGCUCAGUACAUAAACACAAAGGAUGUGAGGCUGACAAUAAGCACUUGGAAUGUUGCUGGAAGAGUUCCGGAUGAAAACCUUGAUAUUGAUGAUUGGAUUUCUUCAGAAGAGCCAUCAGAUAUCUACAUGUUCAAUGGAAUGGCAGAGCUUUCGAUGACUAUAGCCAAGCUUCCAGUGUUUUAUAAGCACAGAAAGUUGCUCUUCUUUCCACCAUGGGCAUAUGCACUUCCGGCAUGGCUCCUCAAGAUCCCUCUCACCUGUGUUGAAGUUGGUGUUUGGGUAUUUAUCACCUAUUAUGUCAUUGGCUUUGAUCCAAAUGUUGGAAGGUAAAAGUAACAUACUAGAAGCAAAAUUGUUGAUCACUUUCUCCUUAACAUUUGUUUUCAUGUUGGUUCUGACCCCAAAUCAUAUACUGUCAUGAACGUGUAAUGCAGAUUGUUUAGGCAAUACCUUCUCCUCCUAGUCAUGAAUCAACUGGAUUAUUCCGAUUCAUUGCUGGAGUAGGUAGAAGCUUGACUGUUGCUAAUACAUUUGGCUCAUUUGCACUAGUCAUGCUUUUCGCUUUGGGGGGCUUUGUCCUGUCAAGAGGUAAAAAUCUAAGUAAAGAUACUUGACGUCUAGUAACUAAAUUUCUG